UAUAAAUUAAAAUAUUGCUUCUCCGGCUCUAUGGAAGGAAAUAUACCAACUAUAUCAUAGAGCAACUGUAGGAGAGUAUCGAUAGCGCAGUCAGUCCCCUUAUCCUCAUUGUUGUUAGACCCGAUUGUGCCGAGCUUGGAUCAAAAAGAGGGGAGUCAGAGUAAGAGCGAAAAUAGAUUCAGUAACUAUUUCUUGUGAAAAAAUAUAUACGUACGAGCAAGUCCUCCGUGGAAUUGAUAUGCCUAAUAAUACCUAGAGCAUUUCUGCUUGUAAUCUGAAUAUAUUUAAGCAAGCAGCCACAAAAGGUCAAGGAACAGGACGUUUUGUGGAGACUUUGGGUAACAACAAAGUAUUUUUUUCCCUUGCGGCUUGCUCCUUCGGGCAGCUAUUUAACUAACUGGUGACGUAAACUCUCCUUCACCUGCUGCUUGCCAACCCGCCACGACCUGCUCACCAGUUGCUUCUAAGCUUCAUAUCACAGACCAACCUUGGAUUCUCUUGAAGUAUCGCGGUAUUCUGCCCGACUACUGUGGAUGUGUAUGCUGGAGACUGAAGGCUGGAGACAUAGCAUGAUUGCUGCGUCCGUAUCCCGUGUGCUGGAGUAAACCCUCACCAACCUUUAGGGCUUCCUGAAUCCGAACCAAUGCGUACCACUCUUGCGGUUUACUAAACUCCAUUUUAAUUCCCAUGCUUUUCGAUUUGAGAUACGCGACCUCGGACCUCCUCCCGUUCUAUCUUCACAUACCCGAUUGAAUUCCCCCUCCCCCGGUCAGGGUAACGACCGUCGACUGCCAACAUGCUCGAAGGCAUCGUUGCGAACCUGUUAAACAGGUUUCUGGGCAUGUACGUCAAAAAUUUCGAUGCGGGACAACUCAAUGUUGGGAUCUGGUCUGGCGACGUGAAACUGCGAAACCUUGAACUGCGGCGGGAAGCCCUCGACCAGCUCCGUCUUCCCUUAAAUGUCGUCGAAGGUCAUCUUGGAGAACUUACCUUAUCAAUACCCUGGUCAAAUUUGAGGGGCCAGCCAGUGAGGGUCCACAUACAAGACGUCUUCCUACUCGCAGCACCCAAAGAGGAUGCCACCUACGACCCAGAAGAGGAAAAACGACGGCAACAUGCGAUCAAGAUGGAGAAACUCGAAAGUGCAGAAAUACUUAAGGAGCAGCAAAGCACUGACGGAAUGUCCCAAGAAGAGCGGUUAAAAAAUCAGAGCUUUACUCAAAGUUUGACUACCGCUAUUAUCGACAAUCUACAGGUGGAGAUUAAGAAUGUGCAUUUCCGCUACGAGGAUUCCAUUGCCGCCCCGGGGCAUCAUUUUGCCGUAGGCAUAACUGUCAAGGAGCUCAGUGCUGUCAGCACGGAUGCUGAUUGGAAACCCACAUUUGUUCAGUCCACAUCAGGCACAAGCCAUAAAUUGGCUGUCCUAGAAGCUCUUGCUGUCUAUUGGAAUACGGAUGUGGAACUCUUCGGAUCAGGCACCGGGGGAAAUGGCGAAGGCAUGGGCCUGAGUCGUGAGGAGUUGAUCAGUAGACUCAAGGCCGCCAUCAAUGAAGAAAACCACCAGUUCAUGCUGAAACCCGUUAGUGGCAGAGCGGGCCUCGAGAUUGAUAAAACUGGGCGGACAGAUCGACCAAGAAUCAAGGCGAGGUUGCUUUUUGAUGAACUUGGCUUUGUCCUUGAUGAAGAUCAGUACCGUGAUGUGCUGAUGCUCGUUGAUUUAUUCCACUACUUUAUUCGGCAUCAAGAAUACAAGCAACACCAACCGAAAGUUCGACCCAAGGAAGACCCAAGAGCUUGGUUACAGUUCGCUGCAAAUUCUGUUCUUAGCAAAAUCCACGAACGGAAUCGGCGUUGGACAUGGGGUUAUAUUAAAGAACGAAGGGAUGAUCGGGUCUCAUAUAUCAACUUAUUUAAAAAGAAAAAGAGGGAGGAAACUCUAUCGCCAGAAGAAGCUGCGGAACUGGGCCGUCUGGAGGAGAAACUUUCCUAUGAAGAUCUCAGAUUUUGGAGGUCAUUAGCAAGGAACCAAUUGAGGAAGGAAAAUGUUGGAGUUAAGAAGCCUGCCAGAAGUCAGACCUGGUCCGAAUGGAUUUGGGGCACCAAGAAGGAGGAGGAAAGUACAACAAUGACCGAGGAGCAGAAACAGGAGCUGUAUGAUGCAAUCGACUGGGAUGAGAAAAAGGCCAUCGCCGAGAGUGUCGAGCUUCCCAAGGACUCUGUCAAGUUCCAGGUAGAUUCUAGCCUGCGAACGGGUAGCUUUACUUUAAAACGAGAUCCCCAAGGAAAAGCAAACGAGGUUCUGAAGCUGGUCUUUGACAAGUUCCGAGCGAAAGCGAAACAACGACCAGAUUCCUUCGUCAUUGAUAUUGACUUAGGAGGCCUUCGAUUGUAUGAUGGAACGACAGAAGGCACUCUUUUCCCGCAAAUAAUUCGAGUUAAGGACAGGGUGACAGAGCUUAAGGACGAAGCAAGCGAGAAGAUAGAGAGCCAAGACCUUGAAUCCCAGGAGGAGGAAACGUUGGACUUAGAUGCCAGCCUUUUCCAUCUUCAGCUAGAACAAAACCCGCUUGAUGGCAGUGCAGAUUCCGCAAUCAAGAUGAAGUUGAAGAGUAUUGAGGUUAUUUACAACCCUGCGGUCCUAGUUGAAGUGGUCAGGUUUUUACGGCCCCCUGAAAGACACAUGGAGUCCAUUGGUGCCCUGCUUGAAACUGCUGGUGCCACUGUCGAAGAGAUUCGACAGCAGACCCGAGCCGGGUUGGAAUUCGCGCUAGAGGAGCACAAGACAGUAAAUGCGCAGCUCGAUAUCCAGGCACCUCUGAUCAUCGUUCCAGAAAGCAUUGUCAAGGAAAGCACCAUAUGUUUAAUCGUUGAUGCUGGUCAUGUCAGUGUUACCAGCGAAUUAGUAUCCAAGGACACUAUUAAGGAUUCGCAGGGAAGACAAAAGAAAGGGUUCAGCGAAGAGGACUACAGGCAGCUCGAAAGUUUGAUGUACGACAAAUUUCUCUUAAAGCUUGAGUCCACUCAAGUCCUUAUCGGCCCUGGAAUCGAGGCCACCAAAGCACAGCUAACCUCGGGCGUCGUUUCGAAAAAUUUCCAUAUCAUUGACCGCAUAAGUAUGCAUUUCAUGCUUGAAUUGUGCAUUGUCCCGAAAUCUACGGAACUUACGCGCACGCGAGUGUCAGGCCGUCUGCAAGAAUUGCAUGCAUCGAUGUCUGACACAAAGUAUAAAAAUCUCAUGAGGUUGAUUGACAUUGCGAUUCCGCGGAUCGACGAAGAAACCCAAGAUUUCACUAAGUUACAGGGAGCCCCAAGAGAAAGGUCCGGGACAGAUGCCUCAACUAGGAAACCAAGAUCAUCGUCAUUCCAACUGCCUAGCCUACCGGAGAUCACUGUCGAUGAAACUGAUUCAGUUGCGGAAGAGUCAGGCGGUCGCACUGUCGAGAAGGGGUCCAGACAGCCCACCAACAUCCACAAGAGAAUAUUUGAAUUCAAAUUUACAGUUGACACACUUCGCGGUUCGCUUUACCGCUCUGACCCUAAUGGGGAAAGCGCUGAUAAGUUGCUGGUAGAGUUGGUUGCCAAACAUUUCCAACUGGACUACUACCUUCGCCAAUACGAUAUGGUUGCAGAAAUUCUCCUAAACUCUCUUAGCGUGGAUGAUUAUAUCGAGGAUUCGCCGUCCCCGGAUUUUAAGCAAAUAAUCUCCUCCAAGGGUUCUGACGCAAAUGAAGAAAGGGAUUUGUUCAACCUGAGGUUUGUUCGUGUGAAUCCGAAAUCUCCGGAGUUUAUAUCGACCUAUGAUGGCACAGAAAUGAAUUUGGACCUUGCAAUAUCAACUAUAAACCUCGUUGUGACAAGGAAAACGCUUCUUACCCUGCUGGACUUUAUCCUUAUCACCUUUACGAACCCGGGUAACAAUAACAAUAACAAGGCACAAGAACAGGCACAAGCUGACACACCGUUACUGGAUCAUCCUGAGGAAGAACAGCAACAGCAACAACCUGGGCCUGGGAAAAUCCGUAUUAAAGCGAAAUUGGAAAGAAUUGCUCUCAUUCUCAAUGAUGAUGGAGUCAGGCUUGCUACGAUAAGUUUAAAUGCCGCUGAUGUUGGCAUCUUUUUAACCGGCCCGUCAAUGAGAAUUGAAACUCGGAUGGGUAGCUUGACUCUCUUCGAUGAUAUGAACCAUUCGCAGUCGGCGGUACGAAGGUUAAUGAGUAUCGAAGGAGACGACUUUGCAGAUUUCAAAUAUCAGACCUUCGAUCCCGAGUCCGAAGAUUAUCCUGGAUAUAACUCUGAAGUAUUCUUGCGAUCUGGCUCGAUUAAAAUUAAUUUCAUUGAGGGUCCUUAUCAGAGAAUCAUCAACUUCUUAGUUAAAUUUGGGAAAAUGCAAGCUAUUUUCAAUGCUGCACGCCAGGCUGCGGCGAACCAAGCGAACCAGAUCCAGGAAAAUGCUUCACUGAUGCGCUUCGAUGUCGUGGUUAAGACACCUAUCCUCGUAUUCCCUCGGAUUACCGAGGAAGACAGACCGAGGGAUUUCGUGACUGCGCAUUUGGGAGAGAUUUACGCCAAUAAUAAGUUCAGCCCGCUUGACGAUGAAAGAAAAAGCCCAAGUGUCAACGUGAUUUCAGCUGGAAUUCGCCAUAUUCGAUUGACUUCAAACUUCUGGUAUGAGGACGAUUACUGUGAAGAAUUGCAGAUGAUUGAGAAGGUGGACCUCGAUUUUACCAUACUUUAUCUUGACCACCAGGCCGGCGUGCCUCGUCCAGACAUCGAAAUUGACGGGUCUAUGUCUCCAAUCAAUCUCAGAAUAUCUCAACCGCAGCUUAAAUUUUUACUGGAGCUGUCGAAGACUAUCUCAACAGCUCUUUUGCCAGAUCAGGAUCUCCAGGAAGCAGAAGCAAUCGAAGCACUGCCUCCCUCCACCACGGAACCCGCAUUCCCCGGCACCCCCAGGCCGAGUCAGGAUUUAACCCCUGUGCAGCCCCAUUCAAACCCCAACGGUGAAGCUGAGUCAGACCCAUGGAUACGUCUUGAUAUGGCAUUCCGGGUUGAAACGAUUGGUCUCGAGCUAAUUCUGGCGAAAGAUGGCCAGCCAGUUGGACGUUUAGAUGAAUCCAGCCUGUCUAAAUUUUUCUUGAACAAUACAAAUGUCAAACUUCGAAUGUUGAGUGAUGGUGCGCUUGAAUCGGAACUCCUGGUGCACUCAUUCAACAUCCGAGACAGUCGAACCAAAGGAACAAAUCGUUUUCGCAAAAUUAUGUCUCUUAUCAAUACAGAAGUGCAGCAGCAGUUCAUGGCCAGCGUGUCAAUUUCCGGAGGUGAAGAAAAACACCUAAUCGCUAUGCUUACCAUUGAUAGCCCAAGAGUCAUAUUUGCCUUAGAUUAUCUUUUCGCGCUCCAAUCCUUUGCAAGUGCAGCUUUUGCCAACGACGAACACCCUGCAGCCGAUGAUGAAGACGAGGAAACGGAGGAGACGGAAUCUGUACCACCUUCGCCCAGUUCCCCUGUGAAAACUUCUCCCUCAGGAGCUACCAAUGGUUCUAAAAAUGCGAUGACAUUUUCUUUCAGAGUCAACAUAGUUGAUGCCCAAAUGAUUCUAGUGGCUAACCCAGCGAUAACUAAUACCGAAGCCAUUGUCCUAGGUUCGAAGCAAUUAAUAUACUCUCAACAGAAUGCCUCCACGCUGGAAAUGACCAAAGUCGGCAUGUUUCUCUGCCGCAUGGACAAAUUUGAGACCAGCCGGCUUCGACUGCUGGACGAUUUCGCAAUUGCUCUUUCCAUGGAUGUCCAGUCCAAAGGGAGAUGCUCCUCGAUGACAAGAAUCAACAUACAUGUUGAUCCUCUAGUACUUCGACUAUCACUGAGAGAUAUUCUUCUUGCCGUUCAAAUUAUGAACAAGGCUUCUGAAAUGACGAAAUCGAGGGCCGAACCUUUGGAGGAUUCCGAGUCGAAGAGUUUGAAGGAUCAGAAGUCUAUAAAGUCCACUCGACGACGAUCAGUCGGAGGCAGACCUGCAACGUUCCAUUCUGCCAGCUCCAGUUCACAUCAAAAACCCGUUGUUGAGACAGAAAUUGGGAAAAUCCAACAGUCAACAAUCAUGAAAAGGGAGGAAAUGACAGCCCAGAUUGAUGGAGUUCGGGUUAUUCUUAUCGGGGAUUUGCACGAACUACCUCUUCUUGACUGGAGUGUGAAACAAUUUAACGUCGACGUUCGAGAUUGGUCUACCAACAUGAGUGCAGAUACCUCAGUCGACACCUUCCUCAAUGUGUACAAUUUUUCAAAGUCGGUUUGGGAGCCCCUAAUUGAGCCGUGGAAAUUCGGAUUCCACAUGUCGAAGGAAAUAAAUCCAGAUGUUCUAUCCAUCGAAGCUUUUUCUCAUAAGAACAUGGAACUCACGAUUACAUCUGCGACUAUUGCUUUAGCGUCAAAAUCUUUCCAGUUCCUCUCCACUGAGGAGGAUGUCCUGUCGAAACCCCGGGGAGCUGAUGCGCCGUAUAAACUGCGUAAUUAUACCGGGUUCGACCUGAGAGUUUGGGCUGAUACUGACAAAAGCGGAGAAGGGCAUGCCAGGAUGCUGAGUGAUGGUGAAGAAUGUCCCUGGAGAUUCGAAGAUGCGACUGCGAUGCGGGAGAACCUCUCACCAGAAGCCAACGCUGGCAUGGUCGGUAUUAAGCUCGAGGGAAGUGGGUUCGAUGCAAUUAACAGAAUUACUGUUGUCCGCGAAGGCGAAACGUUAUAUAACUUAAAACCAAAGAAGGAAAAAGUACUCCACAAGCUCGUCGUUGAAGUUGUACUGGGGGCGGACAACGUGAAAUAUAUCACCUUACGUUCGCCACUACUCGUGGAGAAUAAAACACAAAUUCCAGUGGAAUUAGGUGUGUUUAGUCCUGAAGAUGGACACCUCCUCAAGAUCGAGAAGAUUCUACCUGGCGAUGCCCGGCCUGCUCCUGUAGGAGCUGCUUACAUGCAUUCUUUAGUGGUUCGACCUGACCAGGGAUUCGGCUACGACUGGUCGAACGAGAGGCUCUUCUGGAAUGAUCUACUGAAGAGGCCCACCAGAACACUCAGGUGCAAUAGCGAAAACGGACAGCAGGCCCCACCAUUCUAUUUCCAAAUGAGUGCAAAUUUUGAUACCAAGGAUCCUAUCCUUAAUGUUUAUCCAUACAUGAGAAUCCGCGUUUCUGCCCCGAUCGAGAUCCAGAAUCUUCUCCCAUACGACUUCAAGUACCGCAUCUAUGACAAGAAUACCCGGAAAGAUUGGACAAACUUCCUUCGAAAGGGUGGCAUCAGCCCUGUACACGUCGUUGAAUUGUCUCAUCUAUUACUCCUCAGUGUCGAUUUGCAAGACACGGCCUUUAGACACUGUGAAUUUGCUAUAAUAAACGGAAAUGCGCAGGAAGACUUCCGGAGGGAGUCGAUCCUUACAGUCCAGGAUGACUCCGGUACGGAAUUACGGCUUGGUCUGCAUUAUUUUACCGUUCCAGAUAGCGGAGGGGCCUUUAAGGUUUCGAUAUUCAGUCCUUAUCUGAUAUUAAACAAGACAGGACUAGAUCUUAACCUCCAAAGCAAGAGCAUGUUCCAGUCGACAAAAUCCGCUGGGCAAGCUAUCAGGACAGAUGGACGCAGUGGCGUUCGGAGGGCUUUGCCAUACAUGUACUCCUAUCCUACCGUGGAUCGCAGAAACAGAUCUAUUCUACGGGUCGAGGGUUCUUCAUGGAGUAAGCCCCAAAGUUUUGAGGCCAUAGGGAGCACAUUUGAAGCCAUUCUACCUGCUUCAAACGGAAGGGCCGAGUACCAUGCUGGCAUUACCGUCGAAGAAGGCGAGGGGAAGUAUAAACUUACGAAAGUGGUCACUGUGGCGCCUCGUUUCGUCCUAAACAACAAGCUGAAUGAAGAUCUGAUUGCUCGCGAACCAGGCUCCCCAAACGUGAUCAGCCUCCGAACGGGUGAUUUAGUACCACUUCACUUCUUGCGACACGCUCCCCAAAAACAACUUUGCUUAUGCUUUCCCGGUGUAAAUAACCAGUGGUCUUCUCCUUUUAACAUAUCGGAUCUAGGAGCUAUCCAUGUGAAGCUGGCCAGGGCCAACCAACGCCAGAAGCUCAUCCGAAUAGAGGUUCUCAUGGAAGCAGCCACAAUAUUCCUCCAUAUCAUUAGCGAAACUUUACAUUGGCCUUUCUCAAUGCGCAAUGAAAGCGAUACUGAAUUUAUGUUUUUCCAAGCUAAUCCUAACCUAGAUGAGGAUGAGGAUUACCGAGAAACUGGCUGGCGUCCAAUCCGAUAUCGCCUCCCCCCUAGAAGCAUCAUGCCUUACGCCUGGGACUAUCCGGCUGCCAAAAACAAGUCGCUUGUUCUGUUAUGUCGUGGCAAGGAGAGACACAUCAAACUAGCCGAGAUUGGGAAUCUAAUUCCAAUGAAGAUACCACCAAUCGAAGAACAUGGCCUAUCAAAGAUUAUCGAUUUAAAUAUCUCCGCUGAAGGCCCUACACAAACACUAAUUCUGUCAAAUUAUAAACCAUCCAAGAGCAUGUACCGCCAGUAUCAUGCCCCGUCCUCACAGACCAGUAUCUCCUCUGGUUUUGAAGUGAAAGAUAUCAAGUCCGAUGUCAACUUCAAAGCACAACUUCGACUAGGUGGCAUUGGAAUAUCCCUUAUCAACCAGAAGCUUAAAGAGCUAGUUUACUUCACCUUCCGGGAUAUCGAAUUCAAGUUUAGCGAAUCAAAGCUCUACCAAACCGUUGAUACGACAAUAAAAUGGAUACAGGUUGACAACCAACUUUACGGUGGCAUCUUCCCCAUGCUGCUCUAUCCAAGUGUGGUCCAGAAAACUGGGAAGGAGAUGGAAGCACAUCCUAUCUUCCAUGCUAAAGUUACCCGUGUUAAAGACGAUUCAUACGGCGUCUUAUAUAUCAAAUACGCCACGCUCCUUUUGCAACAGAUGACUUUGGAACUUGACGAGGAUUUCAUUUUCGCGAUGCUGGAUUUUGUGAAGGUACCUGGUGCGUCAUGGUCUGAGGAGAAGGAAGGAAGGCUUUGUGAUGCAGAUCUAGAUAUCCCAGAGCCACAACAAGAGGAACACGGCAAAGACGUAUAUUUUGAAGUCUUGCAUCUCCAGCCUAUGCAAUUAGAUCUUUCUUUCGUGCGUACCCAGCGAGUGAACGUUGAGGAUACCAUGGAGCCGUCUAACCCCCUCAUGUUCUUCAUCAACGUCCUGACAAUGUCAAUGGGAAACGUCAACGAUGCUCCUGUCCGGCUAAAUGCUCUAAUGUUGGAAAACGCGAGAGUAUCGAUGCCUAUGCUACUUUCCAGCGUCACGAGCCAUUACACCCAAGAAUUCCUCCGCCAAAUCCACGUUGUUCUCGGUUCGGCCGAUUUCUUAGGAAAUCCUGUUGGUUUGUUCAAUACCGUGAGCUCAGGCUUUGUUGACAUAUUUUAUGAACCGUAUCAGGGUCUCGUCAUGUCGGAUCGACCACAGGAACUAGGGAUCGGAAUUGCAAAGGGCGCUACAAGUUUCGUCAAGAAGUCUGUGUUUGGGUUUUCGGACAGUAUGGCCAAGUUCACUGGAAGUUUGUCGAAGGGCCUGGCGGCAGCAACUCUGGACAAAGAAUUCCAAGACCAACGGAGGAUGGCGAGAGCGCGCAAUCGGCCUAAACAUGCGUUGUACGGAGUUACCUCUGGUGGAAAUGCAUUUGCUCAAAGUAUGGCCAGUGGUAUUGGGGGCCUAGCACGUCAUCCUUUAGAAGGCGCCGAAAAGGAAGGAUUACAAGGCUUCGUGAAGGGAAUUGGCAAGGGGGUUUUGGGUCUUGCGACCAAGCCAGCUCUAGGCGCCUUUGAUCUCGCCUCCAACCUCGCCGAAGGUGUUCGAAACACCACUACGGUUUUUGAUACUGGUGGAUUAGACCGCGUCCGUCUUACCCGCUUCAUUGGCAUGGAUGGCAUAGUCCGGCCCUACUCACAACGAGAAGCACUAGGCCAGUUCUGGCUUAAAACUACUGACGAUGGCAAAUAUUUCAACGACGACUAUCUUGCACAUCUCGAGUUCCCGGGCAAAGAUAUGAUGAUCAUGCUCACGUAUAAUCGCAUUAUGCUCGUUCGGUCCAAGCGCCUAACUGCAGAAUGGGACAUCAAGCUAACCGAUAUCCAAACCAUUUCCAAAGAGAGAACCGGGAUGAGUAUCACUCUCAAGGGUGGUGCAAAUGGCCCUUUCAUACCAGUGCAAGACGAGAGCGCAAGAAAUUGGCUCUAUAAACAGAUCGCUAUUGCUGUAAAUGCAUUUAAUGAGAAAUACAGCGCCAAGGGAUAAUUGGGAAUCAUUUUAUUGUAAGGCACUGGCGUUGAUGAAAAAUGAUGUCUUAAAAAGAAUUAAUGGAGGGAUAGUAAAGGUGGAGGGAAAAGGGGGAAAGCAAAGAAGUCCAAAUCUACGGAAAUAGGAAGCGAGAAGCAAGAGAAGCAAGACGAAGUUUGAUGUGCUGUUUUCACACCAUUGGCAUUGCUUGAUUACUGGUUUUAGUAGUAUAUUUACCCUUGCGCCUUGGUUUUUCCUCCUGAUCUGAUUGUUUUUACUGCUAUUCCUUUUACAUAGAGACCCCAUCCGCGACUUCGUUACGAUGUCAUUUCACGUUGAAUUUGGCCUUGAUAUUAUGUGUUAAUAGAGGGGGGGAAAUGGCUAAGUUAUAUAUUCUAGUUACAUAUUUUCCAGAGAUGCAUGUACUGUACAUGCCAGAAGGGAUCGGCUACUUUCAAGAUUCGAUACCACAAAAUACGAGUAUAUUAUGUUGGUUAUAUAUAUUGUAGUAAAUUGAUAGAAUCCCAAGAUUAAAUCUUAAAUUUCAUUGUUCCUAUUGUUGAACGGUCAUCCCGCGAAGGAGCUAGCGGCACGGAAUAGACAGUUAUUCGUUUCUUUUUCAUACACUCUAAGAUAUUAUUAGCUAGAAAUAUCCCCAGAAAAC